AAUAUGUUUAAGAAUGUUCUAUCAGAUUCUAGAGAAGAAGCUCGCCAUCUUUGAAGACGAGAAAUCAGAGGCAUUGCACAGUUUCUUUGUUCAUAUAGUUCACAUAACCGAUAAACCGGCUCUUUCGUAAUUGUUAAAGAAAGAUGCGCCACUCAAAGCGAAUGCGCUCACCAGGUGUCUGGCUGGAUGAAUACAGCUGGGAAGAGAGAAUGGAGUGUCGUAAGCGAAAGAAACGAGAUUCGCACAGCAGCGAAAGAGAAAAUAAGUCCAGAAGAACUCACCAUUGCCAAAAGACGUAUGAAGGGCACUACCUGGAGAACCGCAGUUUGAACGAGCGACUGGACACUCGGGAAGGCCACACCCAGGACCGCAGAUUGGACAUGGCCUGUGAGGAAGACAGUCGUGAAGCCACUUGCAAGGACAGAGACCGUGACUGGCACCACUACAGCAAGUCAUCCGGGCGUAGCGGUCGCAGCAGGCGAAGCAGCCGCAGACACAGACGGCGCAGGCGUAGCCCCUCACGCCACAAGUCGUCCUCGAGGAGGAGCCAUCACCGCAGGAGCAGGAAAAGAUCCAGGAGUGUUGAGGAUGAUGACGAGGGUCACCUCAUCUAUCACAGUGGAGACAUGCUGAGAGCGAGAUAUGAGAUUGUGUGUACUCUAGGAGAGGGUGCCUUUGGGAAGGUUGUGGAAUGCAUUGAUCACUCUAAUGAUGGAGCUCGAGUGGCUCUGAAGAUCAUAAAAAACAUUGACCGCUACCGUGAGGCAGCCUUGUCUGAGGUAGAGGUGCUUAAACAGUUGAAGUCCCUCGACUCUGAUAAGAGAUAUGCUUGUGUGCACAUGCUGGACUGGUUUGACUACCACGGCCACGUUUGCAUCGCCUUUGAGCUGCUUGGCCUUAGCACCUACGAUUUCCUCAAGGAAAACAACUUCCAGCCUUUCCCCAUAGAACACAUCAGGCACAUGGCGUACCAGAUCAUCCGAGCUGUGCUGUUUAUGCAUAAGAAUAAGCUGACUCACACGGAUCUGAAGCCAGAGAACAUUCUCUUCAUUAAUUCAGACUAUGUUAUGGAGUACAACCCUGAUAUGAAACGGGAUGAAAGAACAUUGAAGCACCCUGAUGUGAAAAUUGUGGACUUCGGUAAUGCUACAUAUGAACACGAGCACCACACCUCGGUGGUGUCGACACGUCACUACCGUGCUCCUGAGGUCAUUUUAGAUCUGGGCUGGGACCAUUCCUGUGAUGUCUGGAGCGUAGGCUGUAUACUCAUCGAGUACUACCUUGGAUCUACUCUCUUCCAAACCCAUGACAGUAAAGAGCACCUUGCUAUGAUGGAGAGAGUCCUGGGCCCCAUCCCCACAAAGCUCCUGCAGAAAACAAAGAAACAGCGCUAUGUUCACCGGUGUAAGCUCAACUGGGAUGUGCACAGCUCAUCUGGGAGAUAUGUCAGGAAACACUGCAAGCCCCUGAAGCAUUACAUGAUGUCUAAGGGUGAAGACCACCAGCAGCUGUUUGACCUGAUAGAGAAGCUGAUGGAGUAUGACCCAGCUAAGCGCCUCAGUCUGGAGCAGGUCCGACAUCCCUUCUUCUCCUGCUACCACAAGAGCAGCAGAAGCAGCAGCAGCAGCAGCAAAAAAGACUGAACUCCUGAGCCUGUAAACCUCUGACCUGAAACCUCGGUCAGGGCCUGGCUGUCACCAUGACAUUUAUCAUGGUGCUUGGCCCCUACUUCCUGCCUCUCCAGGAGAGGUGUACCUAAACAGACUGUAUCAGUCCACUGCCCUGCUUCGCUGUGUCCUGUCCUAAGCCAGUGUGUUUCUUAGUCUCACUCCUGAACAGGUUUUGUUUUUUCAUCUGUGGCAUGUUCUCAAGUAAUGCAUACCUCAUUUGAUUUCUAUUUAUUUGCCAUUGUAAUUUAAUUUGUAGCUUCUAAUAAUAUACUGGUAGAGCUGUGUUUUAUUCAUUAUCAGUCCAAUAUUGUCCUUGUUCUCUCUGCAUUGCUGUGGGUGAAGGGUCAUGUAGCUGAUGGAGAAUUGCUCUACCCUGCAUUAUUCUCAUGAGUAAUUUAUUCAGCAUUGUAGAUGUAAAUAAAGUUAUUGCGGGCAGAAAAUCCUUGUACAUAGAAUUUGUUCAAAUUUAUUUUCACUGACUGGUUAUGUAACUUUUGCAGUAUCAUGUACAUUUUCUCAAUAAACGUGAAUGGACAGAA